ACGUUUAGCGGGCUAAAAGUCCGCAUAAUCUAAUAACAAUAAUAGUAACAAUAUUCAUCUCAACGAGGUGAGUAAACCCGGAUAAUCGAGCAGCCCGAUCCAUAUAAAUAACGCCUUAAUCUUUUGGUUGAUGUGUUUGUUGCUUUUUUUUCUUAAAUUUAAAUUUUCAUUCAAAUUAUCCUAUCGUUGAUAUACUAUGCUAGCUCAUUGGCACGAACAGAAUUAUGUGGGUUAUUAUCAGCAAAUACACCAAUUAAAGAUUAUUUCAAUACGAGGCAUAUACUUGUGUAAUUACAACCUCGUAACUAUUUUUUUAGUUUAUUUAUUACUAAGUUAAAGUAUUACUGCUUUUUUAACAUGAUCACACGAAUGAGAAAAAAUGGAAGGACAGAAUCCAAACUUGGAGUAAUUGAUCACGCAAAAAAAGCAAUCGAAACUUGCAAAAUCAUGGGAGUGUUUAUAAGUGAUCAAUCGGUUGUAGAUAAUCGAAGACGUAAGCAAGGUGUUGUAGAGGAUCAUCCUUUGUUUAAUAUAGACACUGAGCAGCAAUGUAAACUAAAGAGACUCAGCUGGCUUAAAAGAUGCAACAAAGAAUCAAAAGGUGAAUCCAAUUUCCAAACGAGAGAGUUAAGUGCAACAGAAUCGACUAACUUGCUGCAAAGAAACUCUGAAAACCUGGAUGAGCAAGUAAAUGAAAAGAAAAUAACUUCCAGCAAAACUAUAUCAAGUCCUCUUUUGCCUCGCUUUUUCAAAACUUUUAUAAAAGAACUUGAGGCAUCGGAAGAGUAUAAUACAUUGAAUAAAGACCCUUCAAUAAAGGUUAAAAAUAGUUUAUUAAGCAACCAAAUAACAGACCAAAGUAGUUCUGCACCCUUAACGAAUGUUGGAUUAGAAUUUAACAAAGACAAUGAUACUGAAUUAUUUCAAUAUCCGCAACUAAAAAGUAACAGUGAUAUGAAUACUGCAAACUUAAAAGUUCCAAUAAAAUUUGCUUAUAAAAGAUGUUUAAUAAAUAAUAGCGAAACUCCUAAAAUAAAGUCUACACUAUCACCAGAUUUAUCAUUACGUAUAAUUAUACGAAAAAGCUAUACAAACAGCCCUAAGUUACCAAACGAAAGACAAUCCGUUCCAUUAAACUUUAUACCUGGAGUUAAAAACGCUGAAAAUUUAAAAAAAAUUAGAAAGACAAAAUUACUCCGUAAUUCCUUAAACUUUUUCGAACAAGCGACGUUUUGCUUUCAAGGUAUAAGUUUUCAAAUUAAUAAAGAUGAGUCAAAAACAUUUAAAGCGCUGGCACAUGCUGCUUGCAUGGGAUUAGCUAUCCCAGCACCUUCGACUCAUGCUUGUAACCAAUGAUUCAUUUGUAAACCUUAUAGUUUAAUCUCAGUUGGUGAUUAGUAAUUUAUUAUAAAAAGUUUAAAUUAUAUCUACAGCUGAAAAUUAAAAAGUACAUGAACUAAAAAUAUUAUAUAAUUUUUAUUUAACGUUUUAUUUACGUGGUUAAAAAUUUAACUUUAAAAAGUAUUUAAAGAGCGGGAAGAAAAAGAAUGUUGGCUAAUUUUUAUUAUUAUAUACUUUAACAUUAUUAUUAUAUUGCUUUUUGUUAUAAAUUGACAUAG